CGAGCUAGCCCGCCGCGACCACACCGAGAAGCUUAUUAGAGAACGCCGGCCAUUGUUUAUCGAUCACCGUCGCCUUCUUACCUCUUACUAGAAGCUACAAUACCAUACGCUAAACGCAGAAGGGGUGAAGCGCGCGCCGCCGCCGUUACUCGUACGUACAGAAGGAGGAGGAGGAUGGGAGCGGCGGCAGGAGGAGAAGGGGAGGCGGUGAGGGUGCUGGUGGUGGACGACUCCCCCGUCGACCGGAGGGUCGUGGAGCUGCUCCUCAGGAAUCACGCCGCCGGAUUCCACGUUACCACGGUGGACAGCGGCAAGAAGGCGAUGGAGCUCCUGGGGCUGAAUAAUGCGCAAGGGAAGCGGAGGAGCAUCGACAUGGUGCUCACUGACUACUGCAUGCCGGAGAUGACCGGCUACGACCUUCUCCAAGCUAUCAAGGCGCUGGGCUCUGCCAACCCGAUUCCGGUGGUCGUCAUGUCGUCGGAGAACGAGCCCCAGAGGAUCAGCAGAUGCUUAACGGCGGGCGCCGAAGAUUACAUCGUGAAGCCUUUGAGAAAGAAGGACGUGCAGCGCCUGCGGAACUGCUCCGCCGCAAGGCCGGCCACCAAGGACGCCGUGGCCGCCGAUGACAGACGACGGAGCUGGGUCAACGCUCCAGCCCCACCGCCGCGUCUGGACACGGCCACCAAGAAGGCCACCUCGGAGCAGAGGCCAGGCCAGCUGGCAGGACUAGCCAUGGCUUCCACCGUCGACCUGUCGCAGUACCUGCAGUUCCUCUUCAAGUUCAUCCUGCUCGCCUACGCGGUGCUCUGCCUCACGGAGCUCCUCCACAGAUGGUCUAACGGCGGCUUCCUCUCCCAGCUCCCGUGAUCGAUCGAUUCUUCGUGGAAAUCGACAGAGUGUGUAGACCAAUGUGUUGCAAGCUUACUUUUCUUUCUAGGCAUGGCUCAAGCAUCCGGAGCUAGCUAGCUAGCUCGAAGUUUCAACAUCCAUGGUGCUGUAGCGGCCUAGCCACUAGGAAGGUUAAUUAAUUGUUAGCUCCUGGCUCAUCGAUCCUGGGCAUUUAAUUGUCGAUUAAAUCAUGGAAGAACCACCGACCGGAGAUAUCCUCCUGUAUAUUGAA